GUACUGGAAGGUGGCAGUCGAGCUCUGGAAAGGGUGAGCGCUGGAACUGCAGGUGCAUUGCUGUCGCUCUUGUGGGUUUUAGACUCUGAAGCUGUUGCGCCUUCUGGGUCGUCGGCCACGUCGCCGCCUUCUUAUAAAACAGACUGGAAAGGUUACUUGCGCAUUCAUGUUGGUUUCACCAAAGAAAAUUAUGGAACUUGUUGCUGAGUAACCUCAAUUCUGAAGAGAUCUCAACGCAUCUGUUGCAAGACACUUCUGAUAGGAAGUCGAUCUCGAUAUUUUCUGGUUCGUUUCGUGUAUAAAAUAAAUAGGAGACUGAAAGAAUAAGGGAAACGUAGUAUAGUGUUGUGUCAAGUGAUGAGAAAGUGAAAUCCAAUUCUAAAAGAAGUUCGUUUAUUGACUUGUUUAUUCCCAGAAGUGUUUGUGUUUACAUUCCGCUCCGUAUAACACUUGGAAGGAUCUAUUUGAUAUUAACAGAUAAAAUUCCGAAAAUCGCCCAGAUCAUUUUGGACGAACGGAAGGUUUGUUUUGGUACCAGUUAUAAGUAGUUUCAAGAAGCAUCACCCCCAGCAACUUCAGAGUUCGCAACUGGUUUGGAUACACCAUGAGCAGGAUGAUGUGGGCGUGGCUACAAAUAGCAGCGUUACUAGCGGGAACGUUGGCAACCGUGUCGGCUCGAGCCCAGAGCGACUUGGAAAACGAGUUCGGGUGCCACUGCAUGGAGUACUGGACCUGUAUCACCAGAGGAGGCCAGCCCUACAGUUACUGCGGACUCAGUGCCUCCAGCGUGUGUUGCUUUGUUCCUCUGAAUGCCAAACCCGUUGGCAUCCUUCCCGUCACCCGAAGGAACAAGUCCUGUGGCACCAAGGGCGCCGAGGGAAGGAAAGAAGGCCAGGCUGAGAUGUCGGAGUGGCCUUGGCAUGCGGCGAUUCUGGAACAGCCCCAAGACCUGUAUGUGUGUGGAGCAUCUCUGCUAGACGAAGCCUGGCUCUUGACAGCUGCACAUUGCGUCGAUGACUACCUGAAUUCUGCCAAACGUCUGCAGGAGGUCCUGAAGGUAAGACUUGGAGAAUACGACGUGAGCACCACGGCUGAGCCCCUUCGUCAUGAGGAAUUCCCCAUCAGUAGGAUCGUCAUUCAUCCAGAGUUCGACAACGCCACCCUGGUGAACGACAUCGCCUUGUUGCAGCUCGAGCGGCCUGCCAGACGUAAGGCCAACAUCGACGCUGUCUGCAUGCCCAAGAAGAACGAUUUUCUGGAAGGAACCACCACCAGGUGUUUCGUCACUGGAUGGGGAAGAAAGGAUGAAGCGUCGGAUCACAGCGUGGUGCUGAAGGAGAUCAACGUUCCGCUGUGGAGUAAUCCCACUUGUCAGAACGCGCUCAGAGAUCAGUUUGGUCCCGGAUACUCGCUGCCCUCCACGGCUCUCUGCGCAGGCGCAGAAGGGCGAGAUGCCUGUGACGGUGAUGGGGGUGGUCCCCUGGUGUGCGAAAAGGACGGCCACUGGUACCAGGUGGGCGUGGUGAGUUUCGGCAUAGGAUGCGGCAGGAGGAACAUCCCCGGCGUCUACACCAGAGUAGGAGCCUUCGAGGAAUGGAUCAUGGAGACGACUGGCGUCCACCACCAUGCGUAGGAUCCCCCCACCCCGCCCAAGGAUGCGCCACCCGUAGGAUAGGAUACACCGAACCGACAGAGAUUUAAAUUUUAAGAGGGAGAGUUUCAUCUCUUGACGAAUCUCAUCAUCCGCGAGAGAAUUAAUUUGUUCGCGUGAAAAAAAAAUUCUUCGUCCGUGGUAAUAGAUAUACAUUUUGUUUUCAAGGACGUUCACGUUUGUUCCGUACUGUGAAAGAAAUUUUAUAUGAAUUAGAAGACAAUUGCUUAAAUUAGUCAGUAGUAUUGGAUGAUAGAAGGUUUUAAAUAUUAUUUUUAUUAUUGACAUACAAGUUACAUGGGUAUAUACUGUACACCCACCCCAUGUGCUAUUAUUAUUAUUAUUACUUUCUGUGAAGUAAGAAAGAGAUGCAAAGUACAAUGUGGGUGUAGAAUUCACAUUCCGGGUACUCGACUACGUCUGUGUUUAUUUAUAGAAUACAAAAAAAUUGAGAAACGUGAUCUUGGGUGUCAUCGCCAAAGCAGUCAUUGCUUUUGAUAAAAAGAAAAUAAUAUUUGCGAGUUUUUUUCCUCUUUGAAACGAAGUAUUUAAAAGUUAUGAUAAAGGAAGUAUAUUUUGUGUUUAACAACGAGAAACGAAAAGUAUGUUAUUUCUUUUAUUCGGUUGUUUAUUCCCUCUUGCUAUUCUUCUUAGAGUGCUAGGUUACAAAUGAAUAACAAAGUUAUCGUAUUAUCAGUGUCAAUCGAUAUUAUAAUCCCUUUGUAUGAUAGUCUUAUAGCUCUUUAGGCCCCUAUCUGUAUAUAUUUAUUACCAAGCCUAAGUGACCUAUAGGAUAUAUAUAUAUAUGUUAUGUACGAGAUUUUCCUGCCAGUGUCAAAGCAAUUUACCAAAUAGAUUUAUUCACUGCGAACUUAGAAGAUAGAAGGUUGGGCAAUAUAGAACUCCCUACUUUCCUAUUAAGGCAUGUGGAACAUUUGUUGGACUUGUGGAUGAUCUUAAUAUAGCUGCACAUAUGUCUCCUCGGAUGGACUAACAAGUCUUUGAGGCAUCCUAAUCCUUGCAACUCCUUGUAACAAUAACGAAGGUCUCUGGAAGUAUCGUCUUUAUGUUUAUAUACUCAAUCCUCUCAAAAUUAAAGAACUAUUCUUUUCGUCUUAUUCGAAAUUUUCAUUAUCGUUGGCUUUCAUUCCUUGAUUUAAAUUAAAUAAGAUUUUUAGGGCAAACGAGUUCUUUGGUCCACUCUAGUGUCCUUUGGGUAACAAGAUACGUGCCACCUUCUAACG